UUAUGAAAUUUUAAAUAUCUGUAAAUUCAAAGCGGUAAAUAAGCAGAACAAUAACAUAACAAUUAUAACCUCCAACAAAGGAUAUUUAUUAAGCACAAACUAUAGUUUAUAAGAAGUCCUCAUCACACUCUACUAUAAGUAGUGCUAAAUAAACUUGAACGUGUUGAUUGGUUACAUAAUAGUGAAGUUUUUAGAUCUCCAAAAAUUCUCUAGUUUCUAACCAAUCAAAAAUCUUGUUUUAUAUAUAUGCAGCAUUGUGUGAUUCGAAAUAUCGUGAACAUUGAUACACCCGUCAAUGGCGGACGACGAAACGAAAUACACAAAGUUGGCAGCCAUGCAUCGCCGACAUUUUAUGCGAAAAUUGUUUUGUAACAUGGUCAAGAGAUAUAUAAUUUUUACUCUAAAAAUUAAUUGUAUGAUGCCGGUUUGUGAAUUAUUUCAACGUUCAGUGCGAUAGUUGCGAUAUAUGUUCAUUAGUUUCUGCAAUUAAGUGCCGAUCGAACUAUUCCAACGAUUGCCAAACGUUUCCCGCCUCAGAUUUGAAGGAAGUUAAAUCACAAUGGCUACAACCAUAGUGCCCAAGCGUUCUUCUCGUCUGAAAUUACAUGAACCAUCCACGAAAAUUACAUCCAAAAAGAAACCUCAGUCCAAGAAAGUCAUCACUAAUAAGGACUCACGAACAGGUAAUAUCAAUACAAGAAGCAGAAGUUCACGCGUAUCAAUGGAAAAUAAGUCUUUACAAAACAAUCAAACAUCAGUGAGAUGUCUACGUCCUCGUCGAAACAACAAAAAUUACUGCGAAGACUCUAAGUUAUUGCAGCAAUAUAUUUCACCAAAACAACAGGAUAGUGUGGUAAAGUUGGAAAAAAUAAAUUUAAAUGAGAAGAAAAAAGUACCCGUAUACAAAGCUUUGAAAUCUGAAAAAUCCUUAGAAGACAAUGAUGUCUAUGACUUUAAGUUCGACAUUAAUGAUUCAAAAGAGAAAAUUAUUAAAAAAGGAAGGAAGAGAAAUGUUACUCAAAGGAAAGGAAAAGUAAUCAAGAAAACAAUGCGUAAGAAAGUUACUGUACAAUUAAAAACAAUCGACCAUGAGACACUCAAAGCUAAGCUCAAUGCAAAUCCUUCUGUUGAGAUCGUGCAAAAGGAAUCUUCCUUGGAGUCUAUAGUAGCUAUAGAAUCAACAAAGGAAGAUGUGAAGAAAGUUGAAACAUCUAAAGCAGAUGUGGAUAUUCAGACAACAGAGAAAUCAGUAAACAAAGAUGUUGAGAUGGAAAUUACAGCACCAAUAAUAGAUACAGAUAUUCAGACAAUACAAGAAUCAACAAACAAAGAUAUAGAGAAAACAGAAAUAUCAAGACUAAAUAUAGAUAUUCCAUCUAUAGAAGAAAUGACAUUACUAUUGCCUGAUAGAACAUUUGCAAAGCAAAUUAAUAAGGAAAAUGUGAAGAAGCCAAGAAUCAUAUCUAUUGAAAAUGCAGAUAAUAUUAUAAUUACUAAAUCUCCACCCAAGAAUACUGAGAAUUCACAGCUCUUUCGGCCGAAAAAUAUAUUUGAUAAUAAAAUCUCAGUAAAGGAAUCCAAUAGAACGUUAAAAUAUUCUUUACUCGCGAAAACUUUAUCUCCUAUCCCUAGCAUGAAAACUAAUACCUUGGAUCUUGGAAGUCCUUGGCGAGUACCAACUUUAAUGUUUUCUCGUACUAAACACUUUAUCCAAAGUACGCCACAUAAGAACUUUGAAGCAAACAAAGAAAAUAAAGAAAUAAAUAGAAAAAGCAUGGAAAUGAAUAGAGACAAUACGGAAAUGGAUAAAGAAAUAAAUAGAAAAAGCAUGGAGAUGAAUAAGGAAAAUAUGGAAAUGAAUAAAGAGAGUGCAAAAAUGGAUAAGAAAAAUAUAAAAAUAGAUAAGGAAAAUAUAAAAAUAGAUAAAGAAAAUAUAAAGAAGGGAAAUAAAGGACGAAAAGAAAGAAAACAAAAAGCCCUUUUUUACAAGAAACAUGCAACUCAAAAGAAAUUAUCGAUGUUAGAAAAUCAGGCUCCAGAGAAAAUAGCAAUUGCAAGCAAGUUAGAUGUAAAACCAGCACCUGCCAGAAUAUCAUUGGGAGAAAUAAAAAAUUUACUGGAACCAAACAUCAAUGAAGAUAACAAAUUGACGAAUGAUCAAGUAUCUGCUGAAGUUGACAAAUCAUUUCUAGAACAAAAAAAUAAACAAUUUAUAAAUUAUCUCAACUUUUCUGAUACAUUUGAUUUGAUGUCUGAAACUGAAAGACUAUCGAAUAUUGGAGAGGAUGCUCCCUUAUUUAUGGAUUUAGAACCUUCACAUUUUUCAAAGCCACCACGACAUUCAUACAAGAGGAAACGAAUUGUAAAAUUCGAUUUUUCAGAAGAUAGUGAAGAAGAAGAAAAAGAGAAAGAAAAUGUUAAACCACGUACAAAAAAAAAGAAACCUACUAAAUCAGAAAAAGAGCAGGAGAAACGAAUAAACGAAUGGAUAAAAACAGUGAAUACUACAUUUCAAGAAAUCGAAGAACAUGAUUUAAUAAUUGAAUAAUAUAGAAAAUGAUUUAUUACGGAUCAAUAUUCUAAAAAAACCUGAAAAAGUUCAAAGCUAUAUUAAUCGACGAGUGAACAUUUUAAAUUCCUUAUGUUCAUUUACUAUUUAUGGCAAAGAUAUUUCACUUCAUAUCUCUGCUUUCUAUUCUUUGUACAUUUUAUACAUAUGAUGUGUUGUUCAUAAAA